AUGAAGAACGCCCUUGAGCUCAAGCAUCUCACAGAGGGCCUUGUGCUCCCGAUGGUGGAUAUCGACAAGGGUCUAAAGAGCAGUUAUCUGAGCCCGAGACCGGUCAACAUCCCCACGAGCUACCUUUCUCGUCGCGCAGAGACGUCAGAGCUCUCUCGUUCUCAAGCUGAACAAAAGCAUACUCAGCUCGAUGCUUCAAAAAAGUGUCCGCCAGUUGGAGACGCCUUCCCCGCUCAUGUUCGAGAUCGCCGCGUAACGCAAGAGUUACGCGAUCAAAGAGGAUCUCGGGGACACACGCUCUCCCGCGAUAGUUUAAGAAGUGUUUUCCCUCCUCCUCCGUCUCCAUUAGAGGACUCUCGCGGUGGCCAGUGCUAUCUGAUUGAGCGGCUGUUGAACCACCGCGAUGUAAACGGACGUCGGACAAGUUACCUCGUCCGGUGGCGCGUUUAUCCUCCGUCCUGGGAUACUUGGGAGCCCCGCUCCCAACUGAUGAUUGACGUACUGGGUCUGGUUGAGCAUUACGACGCGGCACAUCCUGUGCCGAAGAAGGACCGCCGGAGCAAGUCUUCCCGGCACGGUCGUAAAGACAUUUCAGGUCGUCAAUCCCUUCGUACAUCUCACUAG